AUGAACAUUGCCAGCGCAGGAGGUGUCCACUCGGAGCAGCAACCGCCUAUCUGCAGAAUCCCUGUCGAGCUCGUCCGCCAUAUCAUCGCCCAAAUCAACGAUCGCAAUGAGCAUGGGACAGCAUCGACUCUCGCUGCUUGCUCUCUCGUAUGCCGCGCGUGGACCGAUAUCUGCCGUCAACGCCUCUUUCGCAAGCUCGUCAUCUCCGCCGACGCCCAAGUUCGACCCCGCCUACCGUUUCUCCACGUCACCGCUCCCCACCUCGCCGAAUACGUGCUGGAACUCGUGUUCGACCCUAAUAUCUUCUUUCCGGAUUGGAUCUCCGAUAUCCUCGACCGAAUGCACAAUCUACGUGUGCUGACCUUGAUCGACCUCACUAGGGAGUGGUCGGCACUGUCUUGGUCGCUGAAACACACUAUUCAAACCCUCCUUGGUGCCCCUCGUCUUCAAAGCCUCGCAAUACUUGGCUGGGAACUUGGCGACGAUGCUCAAUCCCUCAUUGAUUGCCCGAACCUCGAAAAAAUGGCGAUCACGACAGAGGAGCAGCAAGGCUCGCUAUUGUGGGUUCCUCCCGGGGUGAAAGAUCUGUCCCUGACAGGCGAGCUCUAUAUCUCGUCGUGCUCACGGCACCGAGUCACCUACGCGUCUAGCUUUUUCGUGGUCGGGCAUACCCAAUUCGGACGGUCAGUUCCCCAAUUCCACAAUUGGCUGAAGGGCUGCAUCGACAACCUCCCAUUCCCGGAGCUGCUUGAACGACUCGACAUCGCACUCGAGCACUGGUAUCCAGAAUACCCCGAGCUCACCGAGUACGAGACUCUGUCCCGUUUUCUCGCUGAACUCCGUGACCGCGGGGCGUUGCGCCGCAUCAGCAUCGCCAUAGGCAUAAGGACGCCCGAAGGUCGCAAAGAAGUGGAUAUCGACGAAGAACGGGAAACGAACAAGCCAAAGGACGGUUUUGCUGCGAUAUUAGGUCCGGGUGUGGACGUCCGCCUUUCCGUUCUGCGCUUCACAUUGCCAUUGACGCACGAGCUUGUCAUGGAUUGUCGUGCCUAG